AUGGGAUACAGAGAUGCGGACAUGACAUGUCCAUCUUAUAAUAUACAUGGAUUUAAUAAAACAGUCACAAAACCAAAAGGAGAGAUUACAAUGCGAAUACUGCUGGGAGAAGUAGAAGUGAAGACAACAUUAUGUGUGGUUGAUAUCGAAUCACCAUACAAUAUGUUAUUGUGGAGACCAUGGGUGCACGCGAUAAAAGCCGCAGCGUCCACACUACAUCAAUGCAUUAGAUUCCCAAUUCCAAGUGGAAUAGGCGAAAUUAGAGGAGAUGUUCCAAAUGCGAAGAUCUGCCAUCAGGUAGAUGUAAAAAAUUAUGAAGGACGUGCAAAGAAGCGAAAGGAUUGCUGGAGAAAAGUAAAGGAGUUAAGGAAAGAAGAAGAAUUUCGGAUAUACAUGAUUAGAGCGAAGGAAGGGAAAGGAAUACCAAGCGAGAUACCAGAGAAGGAAGGUGAACCAAUUCAAGAGAUUAAGGAAUCAACACCAACGGGAGAACCAAGAGCGAAUUUCACUGCAGCAGAACCAACGAAAGAAGUAAAUGUUGGUACAGAAGAAGAACCAGAAAUACUGAAAAUAGGAACUAAGAUUGAUAAAGAAGAAGAAGAAGAAAAAACAAUAAACAUAUUGCGCGAAUAUAGUGAUAUCUUCGCAUGGAGUAUGGAAGAAAUGCCAGGAAUAGAUCUUUAUCCUUUACCAGAUAUUCCACAAAUGGUAGAAUCAGCGUCAGGAAAUGGUAGAAUCUCAUUGCUAGAUGGGUAUAAAGGUUAUAAUCAAAUUCCUUUGGCUGAAGAAGAUCAAGAACAUACCGCUUUUUCGCACCCCGAGGAUUAUAUUGUUGUACGAAAAUGCCGUUUGGAUUGA